UCUUGGCAACAAAACAAGCAGGGAGUACGGUCACAUGUUUAGAGGAAGCGGAGAACCAGCAGAGGCAGUCGGUGUUGUCCGCACUAGUCCGGGAAGACGCGACUCCCCUCCGGCUCCACACACAUGGUGCUCCUCCGGCACAUCUCGGUGGCCCUGUCCGCCGCCGUAGCUGCCCUGGGCUCGGCGCUCUUCAUCGCCCUCAACUACUUCUACAGGAGGAGAACACGGUUCCCACAUGCUGAGUACUGCACGAUCAAGGAAGAGGAAGAGGACCACGGCAAGCGUCAGGUCCUGGUCCUCGGCCUGGAUGGAGCCGGGAAGAGCAGCAUGCUCCAGGGUUUGACCCCUGGAGGGGUUAAAACACGGUGCUGCCGACCCACAAGAGGCUUCAAUUUCAUGAGCAUCACUGCGCCCGCUUGUCAGCUGGACUUCCUGGAGAUCGGCGGCGGCGAGGAGCUGCGGCGAUACUGGUCGGAAUAUCUGAUAAGGACUCACGUUCUGGUGUACGUGGUGGAUUCCUCUGAUCGGAACCGCCUCCAGUUGGCCAAGUCGGAGCUACACCACCUCCUGAAGGGGCAGCCCCAGCUUCCCGUGGUGGUCCUGGGGAACAAACAGGUCAACAAAAUAGUUUUUAGACAACGUCAUGAUUAUGACACUAAGGUUUCUUGCUCGUCUUACCAGGACAAAGCCAACGCCCUGAGCAUGUUGGAGCUUCAUGAAGCCUUGUCUCUGGGCUCCGUGGUGGAGGACAGGAAGUUGUUCCUCUUGGCAACCCAGCUGGGAUCAGACGGAACCCUGACAAACUCCUGCCGAGGCCUGGACACCUUCCAGGACCUCCUGCUCCAGCUCGUCUGAUACGAUGAACUCUUUCUAUGAGCGAAGACGAGCUAAACCUAGCACCUCCAUCUCAUCCUCUUUUUUUUUAAAAAGACCAUUUUAAAUCCCUCACGUCAUGGACAUUAUCGAGCUGGCUUGUUUUGGCGUGUCGACUGCAGACGAAAGAUUCUGCACGAGCAUGAGUGACUCAUCACGACGUCAGCCUGUGAUAGGUUUAGAGGAAGUUGUUUGUUUUUUUUAAUGUAAAAUCAUGUCUGUCAUACAUCAAAUGAAAUGUGUCCAAAAAAACACACCUGCAUCCUCUCUGCCUUGUCACGUUUCGAAAGACUUCUACAACAAAUCUUUUUGGGCGAACCAUGGGGACAAUUUUAAGACCUUAUGUUUUUCGUGCUGCGAGUUUGUGAGCUUUUUACGUUUCCAACAUCCCAAAUCAACGUACAUCUUCUGAAUCAUGACAGCGUUGUACAUAUAUUUGUGGAUAAAUAUGCCUCUAAAGUCAAACACAUGAUCAUAGAGUCCGUCAAAGCAGCAUCACGCAUGACUUCUGCUCAGUGAGCGUCUGAACGAUUAACUCCCCAAGCCGGUUUUGCUCGUUUGCACACACGAGGGUUUGGCACGAACGGGAAAGAGACGAGGUGCGAUGAUAACCAAAGAACGUGAAUACUUUGGAAGACGUGCUAGCAUACAUGUAAUACACAUUUAUAAUCAGUAGACAAAUGCUCAGUGACUUGUAGGUGAUUAGUUGCUGAGUCCCGCCAAUGCCCCUGGUGUAAAUACAUCUCGCUUGUUGGCGGCCAUGUUUUUCAGCCAACACUGCUCAAACUUCAGAUGUGCUUGUCAGUCCCCAAAAGGUGCAAACCAAAUUUUGUGAUGAUUCGGCCAAACACCCUCAAGUUAGUGUUUUUUUUUUUUUAUUUUAUUUUAUGGAUUUUACCAACAGCGCAACCCUGUGGUGUAUUUCUCCGAAAAACUAAUAGCGCAGGCGACACAGCAGGGGUGCGCGUUUGGACACAUUUUCAUCCUUCUGCAGAGGUUCUGUUUUUUUUCAGAAGGCUGUAAAUAGCAGGUAGUUGGCAUGAAUCCAUUAUGUGUCUGUCAGGUGUCGUUCAAAGGUGAGUAGUUUUACUCUAUUUUAGUUUUAUAGUAUUUGGUUAACUCAGUUAGGAAUACAGUGUUCCCUCGCUCUAUCGCGGAAUUUUUUAGGUGCUUUUUUAAAAUAAAUUACAGCUAUGAACGCUGUUACAGGCCAAGCCUGGCCCUUUAAGAGGAAUUGCAUCAUGGGAAGUUGAGGGUAUCUCUUCCCUCUCUUUUGUCUGCACCGCCCAUUGUUUUGUGCAUCCCGAUAGGCUGUAGACCAGGGGUCCCCAACCACUGGGCCGUGGCCCAGUACCGGUCCGUGGGCGGGGCCGAACUGGGCUGAGGAAACCUUCCUGGCACAAUGAUAAAAAAAAAUACUUUUGUAAAUAAAUACAUUUUUAAGUAAAUGCAUAUCAAUUUUGGAAAUAUGGGCCAGUAUUUUAUUCCGAAAAUAAUGUAGUUUGAAGUUUUUGCAUGUUUAUGUUGUUUGUUGCGAGUGUCCCACUUUGUUUGACAGUCCUUGAACGCACCAUCGUACGUGCGCUAGCCUUCUCCCACUCUGCACAGAUUGUCAACUAUACUGUAUUUUUAUCGUUUUUCUUUCACUUCAUAUUUGCUCCCAAAUGCUGACACUCUGAGGGACUGCAUGAAGGUAAACUUUGAUGACGUUAUUGAGUGCUAAUGUGUAUAUUUGUUGUGUAAACAGCUUCAAGUUAAUUCAUGCUAGCACACUGCCUGUUACCGCACACAUCAAGCAGCGGCGCUAUAAUCUUCUCUCUGAAAAACAAACUCCAAGCGUAUAGUGGUGGAUGGUGGGUCUGUAUUCACUUGGUGCUUUUACUUGGAUGUUGUUCCUGUCUUAGUUUUACACAAUACAUACUAAAUGAGAUAAAUGACAUCGCUAUACGACCCACCCCACCACCACCACCCCCCAUUUGUGGGAACACGAGCCGGCCCGUGGGUCCAAAAAGGUUGUGGACCACUGCUGUAGACUGUCAAUCAAUCUCCCUCGUGCCGUCCUGCCAUGUCUCCUCUGUCAUCGCUAGCUUGCUUACUAGCUUGUAAAUUAAUCUUCGGUUCGUUUGCAGCAAUAUGUUUUAACAAGGAUACAAAAACGCUACAGUACAGCGGAACGGCGCCAGGACGAAACGGCACGGUCACAGGUGUGAAAUAUGCGUGAGUGGCUUCAUAAUAUCUUGUGUCGAUCAUUAAGGUUGGCCAUUAAAAUCCAAACGAAGGUUUGAACUUGUUUGAGAGUGUUUAAGCAAGAGAGAACUGUGAGGAAAUGUUAUCGCUAAAUGUUACCGUUUAAAAGUGUAUAAAGUGUACGGUGGGGGGGUUUUACAGCCUUAAAACAUAAUAAUUGGAAAAAAAUUUUUAAAAUGAAGUCGGCUACUUCACGGAUUUCACUUAUUGCGGGCUAUUUUGGGAACCUAUCCCUCGCGCUAAACGAGGGAACACUAUUAAAAAAACGAAUAAAAGGCUUUAUGGCAAGGGACCACAUUCAUCCACAUUACAUGAUGUCCAGUGGGAACAUUUGUUUGGAAACUUCAACAAGCGUCACGGAAUGGAUGCUGUUGGAUUUUGGAUGUUCCAAAUGCGGCACGUUUUAGAUGAAAGUCAAAUUAUUUUUAGCCCUCUUGAUGUUAUUGAGGCCCACAGGGUGAAAGCAAAGAAAAAAACAGGGUCUCAUUGCUCAUCUUUCGCCGCAGUUAUCGGACUACGGAGCCGGUUGGUUCUGCAGCGAGUUGGAAGCGGCGCUAUUUUGUAAUGAACGGGAUUUUUUAUUCUCUUUGAUGCGCUGUAGAGACAUGUUUUGGCAGGGUGGGAAUGGGCGGUCUUUCAUGACUAUAGCUGCGCUGGAAACUGAACUGUUUGGUUUUAAAAUUUGUGCACGUCAUAACACAUUUUAAAUGUGUUGAAAAUAUUAAAAUACAUACGUCGUCCUUUCAGCCUCCUUUCACUGAUCCACAGUGUUAGGCCGUGCACAUGGACAUUUCACGUUUCGUGUGAUGUUGCUCACAAACAUCAAUCUAUACGGUAUAAUCAAUAGGUGUGGUAGGUUGGGCAAAGGUCCACAAGCAGCUCAACCGGAUGUUGUUGUGUUUUUGCACACACAUUACAAGAUAGCCAUAAAGAUGUGAGAGGUCCUUUCCGCAUUUGCAUUUGAACAGACGUGCAGUUAAGCUUUGCAUCAAUAUUUCGUCUUUGACCUCUGACCGUGACUGCAAAGCCGCUUGCUCCAGGGUAUGUCGAUAAUGAAGGCGGCCGUGACAGAUGUCUGCAGCAAAUAAAACAAUAUCGUUUAUAUCUGCUAUGUGAUGUAAUGUGGACAUUGAUUGUGGAGACGUUUUAUUAAGAAAUAUCAAUGCACACAGUAGACUUGUAAGGAUUAGAAGUGUUUAGGAUUUCACUAUUUUCCAAGACAUCUACAACUUUAGGAUAUGCAAGGAACACGGCGUCACGUUCAUUUUUUUAUUUUUAUUUUCCAGCAAUGUUGGAUGUAUUGAAUGAAUCAAUGAUUAUGUCAUUUUUCAUCCCACAUUUGUCUUAAACUGAUGUGAUUAAAUGUGUUAAAAUUUCAA